AUGGCAGUCCUCCAUGCCAUGCUGCUGUAGCCACUGAAGAUGUUUCUGUGCCUCAGUCUGCAGCUUUCUUCUGCCACCUUUAUACGGUACAGUAACACCUGCUUCACCUUUGAUGAAUAAUACACCAUCACCCUAGACAUCAAGGCCAGUUCACAUAUCUACGAAAGCAAUGCAGUCUAUUCUGGAUUGGUUCCCGUGAAUGACAGCGUCUAUGCUGUGGUCAGGAAAGCCCUGGACAAGAACGGUGACUCAAUGGGCCUCUGGCAAACAGCGGAUGAAAAUUGCUACAGCAACUCCACGUUGUACGUGAAAGAUCAAUACAUGGCAGUCUUAGAGGCGCAGUGGCAAGCUCCUAAAUCUGAGAACAUAACUGAAGUGGAGAUACAAGCUUUCACUGUCCAGAUCAGAGCCCUGACUAUACUUUCUACUCUGAAGCUGACAGAAAAAGUGUCAACCUUAACCUUAGCCGUCAAGAUUCCCCAGAGCUCAGCCUUGAAGCCUUUCUUCUUGAUUACGCCCAAGAGUAUCAGACUCGAAAGCUUGGCCAACCGAGUCUUCAGCAGCCCCAUCACAGAUGCCAUUUAUAUCCUACGCUUUCUCACCAGCACACUUCUCUUCUAA